UGCCCGGAUACGGGGAGGAAGGCGUUUCCUGCCUAGAUGUCUCCGCGGCUCCACUGCCAUGGAGACCAGCCCGGGAGCGGGUGGGAGUAGCUGUGGCCCAGCGAGCGGCGUGAGGAAGAAGAGGCCAGGGGUCCUGGACUAGCUGCAGGGCCUGGUCUAGGCUAGUGGAGCCAAACUAGUGCGGUGGCCGAGCGGAGGCCUGGCUCCGGACCGCCCGCGCUCACGCCGACGCACCUCCCCACAGGCGGUCAGCUCCCGGCCCGCCGUAGUUGGGGAAUCGGGGGUUGGGGGAUCAAAGCCCCCGCACCUGUCUCCUGCCGCUGCAGCCAUGUUUAUCACGGUGAUGUUUGGAGCCGGCUGCUGGGAGCUGGUGAACCCCUGGUGCAACCUGGUGACCCUCACCUCCCACCUGAGGCAGAGGGGGAGGGUCCCCCCAGAUGCAACUAUCGCUCUCCUGGCUGAGGAUGGGCACCUGGUGAACCUGGACGAGGGCCUGGAGGAGGGGGUUGCCCCAGCAGAGUCCAUGGCCAGUUCCCUGCUGCAGGAGCGAGGGACCUAUGUCCUUGUGCAGAUCAUCAGGGGAGAGGGCGGGGCUCCCACCCGCUAUGAGUCCCUCCUGGAGAACCUGGAUGACCAGUGUCCAGAGCUGGCAGGUGCAAACAGACAGCAGCCCAGCAGGAUUCCUCUUGCAGAAUCUGGAAUUACUGAGAAGUUGCAUCAGCAAGAGGGGCAAGGUCACAGACAGGACGUGAGGCCGCUGGGGGCCCCUAAGAUGUGGGUGCAGAGAAAGGGAUCCAAAGGCAGAGACAAGAAGGGUGGGAGGGGGCAGGCAUCCCUGAAAAGGGGAGACAAUAGGCUUCUCCCAGGAUUCCAGCCCCCAGACUCAGAUGCCCUUGGGGUCACCUGCUAAUGCCUCACCACCCCACUUUGGACUGCCCAAGGCAGUCUGACCUUGGCUACCGGUGGUGCAGAUUACAACAGGGCUCCUCCCACCCCACCCAGGACGCCCCACCCAAGAUGCCCGCUUAAGGUGAAGCAUUCUAUUAAAGUGAAGCAUUCUACACCAGAGUGAGAGAUCCAUCCAUCUCCCCUGACCCCAACCUCCUCAGUCAGGGAGCUCCCAGCAGAUGGAUCAGCGACAGGGCACACAGCAGGCUGUGGUCUAAAAUAAACUCUUUUAAUUGCA